AUGGUGGCAAAAAUCUUAUCGUCUUCCCGACCGGAACAAUGGCGGCACUGCAACGGACGCGACAACCCCGCAGACCUAGUGACCCGCGGCAUCUCCGCCAGGUGCCUACGGAACAGCCCGCUGUGGUGGAGUGGCCCUCCCUGGCUGUCCGCAGGCGAUAUCGGCCCUCCUACAAUUCCAGACCCAAAUGUCAACGACACCUGCACGACGGUGAGCGCUGCACCGGAAGCUCCCGAUACCGAAGUGGUCGUUCAUCCAGUGUCGGCCACGCAGAACUGGAUGGACCUCUCGGCUUACAGCACCCUCUCUCGACUUCUCCGAGUUACGGCUUGGUGCGCUAGGUUCGUCCGCAACAGUAGGCCCCGCCAACCGUGUACAACGGGUCCACUUACGUCCGAAGAGCUUCGACACGCCGAAACCAUAUGGGUCUCACAUGUCCAAACCGAAUCCUUUCGGGACGACAUCUUGGCGCUCAGACACGGCAGCGUUGCUGCGACAUCUUCGUCGGUACGCGUUUUCCAGCCAUUUCUCGACGCCUCCGGAAUACUGCGCGUCGGCGGUCGUCUUCACCAACUUCAAGAUUCGUACCAGAUCAAGCAUCCCGUCCUCCUGCCGCCUAAGCAUCGAUUCACGGAGCUCAUCAUACUCGACGCCCACCAGCGCUUGCUACACGCCGGCGUGCAAGACACCAUCGCCGAGGUCCGAAGCACAUUUUGGGUUGUCCGCGGACGGCAAACCACAAGGCGUGUCCUUCGCUCAUGCUUGACCUGCCGCAGACUAAGUGCGCACCUUGAGACAGCCCCAGUGUCACCUCUACCUCGGGAGCGUAUAACGCCGGCAAAUCCGUUCACAGUUGUCGGCGUAGAUUUCGCGGGACCGCUCUAUAUCUCAAGGUCGGCUUCUCCCAAGGCGUACGUAGCCCUUUUCACGUGCGGCGUCACAAGGGCCGUCCACCUCGAACUUGUGUCCUCUAUGAGCGUGCCUGAUUUCCUGCUUGCCUUCCGACGGUUCAUCUCUAGGCGUGGGGUACCCUCCCUCAUCUUUUCCGACAACGCUCGCACCUUUCGCAAAUGCUCGUCCCUCCUCUCCCUGGUUAGCGCAAGAGAUGUACUAGAUUUUGCCACCCAGCAUCGCAUCGCCUGGCGAUUCAUUGUUGAGCGAGCUCCUUGGUGGGGAGGCUGGUGGGAACGGCUCAUACGAACUGUAAAGGAAGCCCUAAGACGCUGCCUUGGGAGAAAGCGCCUCACCUUUGAGCAGUUAACUACGACACUCUGUGAAGUAGAAGCCAUCGUCAACUCCCGCCCACUCACGCAUAUUGGAGCUGAUCCCGGGGAGCUUGAGCCACUUACCCCAUCCCACUUUCUGUUAGGGAAACGAGCAGUGGCUUUGCCUGAUGAAUUCGCUGCCGAUGCAUCACGCCAGAACGACCUGCGGCUCCUUCACCGUACCGUACGGAGAAAGGGCGCGUAUGAGAGCAUCAUCGGGGACAUACUCGGGAAGCCGUUUUAUCGUCAUGUAUACAAUCCUGGUCGAUGCAAGCGGUUCCAGCAGUACCUCGGUGUCAUGGAGAACGACCUUGCCGGCAGCAAGAAAAAUGUCUCGAGCCUGGGCAUUCUUCGCGGCGACUUGAAAACUCAUUUCGCCCUGGUGCUGGACUGA